AUGGACAUCCCAAUCAUGUUCGAGGAAAGUGACGUAGUAGAAGGCCAUCAUGACGGCCUAGUGAUUUCACUCCCAGUUGGAAAUUGCAUGAUCAAGAAGAUCCUUGUUGACAACGGAAGUUCCGCGAACAUCAUUAUGCUCGAUACCUUGAAACAUAUGAACAUUGAUGAGAAAAACAUCAUCAACAAUUCAACAAUUCUAGUAGGCUUUAGUGGUGAAACAAAGAAAACAAGCGGAGAGAUUACAUUGGCAAAUUUUGCAAAAGGGAUUAAUCUGCAAGUCAAGUUCCUAAUGAUCAAUAAAUUAUCAUCGAACAAUAUGAUUCUGGGUAGACCAUGGAUACACGAAAUGAAAUCCAUCACGUCUACUUAUCACCAAGUCAUCAAGUUCCCUACAAGAUGGGGUAUCCAAGAGAUCAGAAGGGACCCUAAAGAGGCCAAGAAUGUUACAAGAUCGCCUUUAAAGCAACUUCAGUAG